AUUCGUAGACAGUUCGUACUUUGACCAUUGUCCUUGACGGUUAAUCAUCCUAAAUAAAAGAAAGAUUUAGAUUGGUUGGAGGUGAUAUCACCUCUUCAAAAUACCACUGUAAUAAAUAAUUGGUGUCCAGAAUUCCUUUGUGAAUUCCUCAAUACCUAAAAAUGGCAGAUUUAUUAUCGGUGCCCUUAAAGAAACCGUCAGAAGUUGAUAUUGUGAACCCCUUGAAGAAUCUAAUUCAGUCCAGGUACAGCACUGCGGACCAACCCGAAGACUAUUCUGAACAAAUCAACGAGUUUUCCAAGUUACGGAAUAAUGCUAUCUGGCGAGCAUUUGAGAAGUACGAAAGUUCGUUGGAAGUCAUUUACAGCUACUAUGAUCAACUUGUUUCUUUGGAAACGAAAGUACCCGCACAAGAAGUCCAAAUACCCUUCAAGUGGAAGGAUGCUUUCGAUAAAGGGUCCAUUUUUGGUGGUCGAAUAAGUUUAACAAUUUCAUCUUUGGCAUACGAAAAAAUGUGCAUCCUCUUUAACAUUGCAGCGCUACAGAGUUCAGUGGCUGCAACACAAAGUGUUGAGAAUGAUGAAAGCUUGAAACUGGCCGCUAAACUGUUGCAGCAAGCUGCAGGCAUUUUUUCCCAUUUGAAAUCUACAGUAAUGUUAUCGAUUCAACAAGAUCCGACACCAGAUUUAAAUCCCGAUACUCUUGGAGCAUUGUCGGCGUUAAUGUUAGCUCAGGCCCAAGAAAUAUUUGUCCUGAAAGCUAUUCACGAUGAAAUGAAGGAUCAAAUUGUUGCGAAAUUAUCGUCGCAGUGUGAAGACUUAUAUAGUGAAUGUUUGAAAAUGUUUCAACGUGAAAAUUUAAAGCAACUUUGGGAUCGCGACUGGAUAGCCACUAUUGCAGGGAAGCAGGCGGGUUAUCAUGCUAUAGCCGAGUAUUAUCAAAGUCUCGUAUGUAAGAGCAACAAGAUUAUUGGGGAACAGAUCACUCGACUUGAGAGCGCCAUGGAACUUUUCAAAGCUGCACAAACCAGAUCUGGAAAGGCAGCUAUGUUCCAAGAUUUUGCCAACAAAGCACAAAGAAAUUUAAACGAAGCAAAAAAAGACAAUGACUUUAUUUACCACGAAAGAAUACCCGAUAUCAAAUCUGUUGCUGCUAUUGGGAAAGCACAACUUGCUAAGAUCGUACCCUUGGGUUAUCCUUUAAGCCAAAAUUUCCAAGAUUUGUUCAGUGAACUUGUGCCUGUCGUUGUCCAUCAAGCAAUGGCAGCUUAUGAGCUUCGGAAGAAUGAAAUUCAAAAUGGGGAAAUAUCAAAAUUACGUGAUUCUACACAAUUUUUGAAUAGGUAUGCUUUACUAGUAUAUAAUUUAAAUGAGUAUUGCUCACAAACAAAUCUUAUCUUUUCCCCAAACUAUAAUGCACCAUAAAUAUGGCUAUUUAGG